CCCAUUCGGGCCCGGCCUCGCGGCGGCGGCGGCGGCGGCGGCGGCGACUCGGCAGCGCUCCGCCGCGUCCCCGAGUCCCGGGAAGGCGGCGCGGCGCGGCAGGGGCAGCCUUCCACCACGGAGAGCCCAGCUGUCCGCUGCCUUACGGGAAGAUGCUGCGUGGACCGGGCAGCACGGGUGUGAGUGGGGCCACCGCCCUGGGAGUGCUGUGGUUCUGCCUCGCAGGCGCUGCAAUCGAAGUCCGGGUCCCUGAAGACCCUGUAGUGGCACUCGUGGGCACCGACGCCACCCUGCGCUGCUCCUUCUCGCCCGAGCCCGGCUUCAGCCUGGCGCAGCUCAACCUCAUCUGGCAGCUGACAGACACCAAACAGCUGGUGCACAGCUUCGCCGAGGGCCGCGACCAGGGCAGCCCCUAUACCAACCGCACCGCGCUCUUCCCAGACCUGCUGGCUCAGGGCAACGCGUCGCUGAGGCUGCAGCGCGUGCGCGUGGCUGAUGAGGGCAGCUUCACCUGCUUCGUGAGCAUCCGGGACUUCGGCAGCGGCAGCGCCGCGGUCCGCCUGCAGGUGGCAGCCCCCUACUCAAAGCCCAGCAUGACCCUGGAGCCCAACAAGGACCUGCGGCCGGGGGACACGGUGACCAUCACGUGCUCCAGCUACCGGGGCUACCCCAAGGCCGAAGUGCUGUGGCAGGAUGGGCAGGGAGCGCCCUUGAGCGGCAACGUGACCACGUCGCAGAUGGCGAACGAGCAGGGCUUGUUCGACGUGCGCAGUGUCCUGAGGGUGGUUCUGGGCGCUAAUGGCACCUACAGCUGCCUGGUACGCAACCCUGUGCUGCAGCAGGACGCGCACGGCUCCGUCACCAUCACACCGCACAGAAGCCCCACAGGUGCUGUGGAAGUCCAGGUUCCCGAAGACCCUGUGGUGGCCCUCGUGGGCACCGACGCCACCCUGCGCUGCUCCUUCUCGACGGAGCCCGGCUUCAGCCUGGCGCAGCUCAACCUCAUCUGGCAGCUGACAAACACCAAACAGCUGGUGCACAGCUUCGCCGAGGGCCGCGACCAGGGCAGCGCCUAUGCCAACCGCACCGCGCUCUUCCCAGACCUGCUGGCUCAGGGCAACGCGUCGCUGAGGCUGCAGCGCGUGCGCGUGGCUGAUGAGGGCAGCUUCACCUGCUUCGUGAGCAUCCGGGACUUCGGCAGCGCCGCGGUCAACCUGCAGGUGGCAGCCCCCUACUCAAAGCCCAGCAUGACCCUGGAGCCCAACAAGGACCUGCGGCCGGGGGACACGGUGACCAUCACGUGCUCCAGCUACCGGGGCUACCCCGAGGCCGAAGUGCUGUGGCAGGAUGGGCAGGGAGCGCCCUUGAGCGGCAACGUGACCACGUCGCAGAUGGCGAACGAGCAGGGCUUGUUCGACGUGCGCAGUGUCCUGAGGGUGGUUCUGGGCGCUAAUGGCACCUACAGCUGCCUGGUACGCAACCCAGUGCUGCAGCAGGACGCUCAUGGCUCCGUCACCAUCACAGGGCAGGCCAUGACAUUCCCCCCUGAGGCUCUGUGGGUGACCGUGGGGCUCUCCGUCUGUCUCGUCGCGCUGCUGGUGGCCUUGGCCUUCGUGUGCUGGAGAAAGAUCAAACAGAGCUGUGAAGAGGAGAGUGCACGAGCUGAGGACCAGGAUGGGGAUGGAGAAGGAUCCAAGACGGCUCUGCGGCCUCUGAAACACUCUGAAAGCAAAGAAGAUGAUGGACCAGAAAUAGCCUGACCGCAAGGACAAGGGAGCUGCUGCCCCUGCCCUGGGGCUCCCACUUCUGGCUGCACUGGGGCCUCAGUAUGAGCCCUGGGCUGGGGGCUUCCCUGCCCCUAACAGAUGGCUUCCACUCUGGCCGGUCUACUCAUUCUGCAAAGGGCACGAUACAUAGACCACCCCGCAGCCUACUUCUCCGAUGACACGAUUCCCAGGUCAUCCUGCUGCCUUAUUUCUCCAGUGACACGAUACAUAAAUCAUCCUGCUGCCUUAUGUCUUAUGGACACAAUACACAGACCUCCCCGCCACCUUAUUUCUCCAAUGGAUAUGCUACCCGGACCAUCAUCUGGCUGCCUUUUUUCACCAAAGAUGUGAUACACAGUCACCCCUUGCCUGGUUUCUCUGAUGGCCCAGAUCCACCAGUUAUCACUUCUCAGCCUCUUCUCCCGCCUGCCUGUAAUUCUGUCUUCUCAGACAGGGCCACUGCAGCCCUAGCAUUUCCUCGAGGCUAGCGGCAUCCCCUCCUGCUCUGGCCCCAGUGUUGGCCUUUUCCCUCCCCGACUGAGUGAAGACGGGGCCCCUCCCCCAGGCAUGCAGAUACGCAGGUGCACGUGCUGGAACACGUGAGGACCUCCCCGGCCCUGUCUCUUCCGCGGCGCCCUGGGCUGUGCCCUGUGAGCUCCGCCCUCUGCCCGCCCUCCCCACGGGAAGCACCUGCUGGUCACGCUGGGUCUCUGGGGGGCUGCGGGGGGUCCCCUUGGGGUCAGCUUCUGUCCCUUUGCUCUUCCUGCCUUUCAUUUAUCCAUUCAGUUAACAUUCACUGAGCAUCUGUGGGGUGUCAGCACUGUGUUAGGUGCUGGGGACCCUGCGUGAGAAGACAAGCCCCCCCAGGGAGCUUGCCCUUCAGCUGGGAAACCCAUGAGGAAAGAGUGGUUCGUGAGGGGGUUCCUGCCCUGCUCUCUACUGUACCCCUCUUCUGUACCACAUUUCCCUGGAUACCUCACUCCCAUCCCAUCCCUAAGCCUUACCCAAAACAGAGGGUGGGGGCAGAAACCUGGAGAGUGGGACAGAGCCUCUCGCCACAACUGGAGAAUCUGAUGGUUUCCAAAGUGUCUUUCCAGGCAUGAGCAGGGGGGCAGGCAGCCAGCCCAGGCCCGACGGACCCUGGGGAGCUGAGAGCCGCAGAAUAGGGGAAGCCUGGGGCCUCUCCUCGCUCGCUGGAACCUGGGGGCAGGGACGGCCCCCACCCCCACCAUGGUGCUAUUCUGGCUGGGCAGAUACUUCCUGGCUGGUCUCUGGCCAGUCCCCAGCCUCCGGUGGAGUAAACUUCUGAUGAUCUGAUGUCCUCCUGGUGACAUCCCUCCCUUCACCAGGAGUGAAAGAUGUGGGGAUUUCUAAUUUAAAUGUGGAACUCUGAGGGAUUUUGUUAACGGGGGGUGUAUUUGGGGAAAAAUAAAUGCCUUUGUAAAAAGCUUUUUGU